GGACUAUUUCCCGCUCAUAUAAUACGACUAUGACGACCAUGACGACUAUGACCACUACGAAGACAAGAAGACUAUGACAGGUUUUAUCUGGUUGAUUUCAGACGGUUUCAGAUCGUUUCAGAUGGUGUCAAAGGCGUUAAAGGCGCAGUUACCGGUGUUUCCCUUUCCCCUAUUCCAGUUGCCGCACCCUGGUCAAAGGUGGCAAAUGAUGUAGGAGUAGUAGAUGGGAGUUCAUGUGCAUUUAUAUGUGAGGAACUUGGCAUUUGCAAGACUUACCAGCGGCCGGGGUGCACUUAAUCUCCAAUAUCUGCCAAGCACGUUGUUAUUGAAGAACGUAACUUUUUAUUCGACUUGGGAUUGCUCAAUUUGGUGAUUUUUAAUGUUUCCGGGGCCGAUGUUGCCACCUGGUUAUGUCCCGAUAGUAUUUGUAUGCAUAAUUUUAAUUUGACUAUUUUCAUCUAUUGACAAUUUCAAAUAAGCAGGGUGUUGCAGAGAUUUUGAACUACCCAGUCAACAUUCCUAUAGCAGUGAUAAAAAGGGUUCCUACUGGCUGUUUGGCUACUUUCUUUUGAUUGGAAUCCUUCAAAGACAUGGAUGGAAUUAUUGUGAGAAUAACUUUGGAAGAUUUCAUGACGUUUAGAAAAGUGGUGUUCAAUGCAGGACCAAACCUGAAUCUUAUUAUAGGUCCCAAUGGGUCAGGCAAAUCCACCAUUGUUUGUGCAAUGGUUUUGGGUCUUGGAGGAAAACCAAAGCUGCUGGGACGUGCUGUAGCUCCAAACUCAUACAUCAGAACAGGCUGCAGAGCUGCCAGAAUAGAAACAGAGUUGAAGAACUCAGGAGGGAAUAAUUAUGUGAUAACGAGGACUAUAACAGAAGAUGGGAAGUCUCUCUGGUUGCUGGGAUCAGCUACAGCAACGCAGAAGCAGAUUGAGGAUCUUGUGAGCAAACUGAACAUCCAGGUUGAUAAUUUGUGCCAAUUCCUGCCUCAGGACAAGGUUGCAGAUUUCUCAAAGAUGAACCCACAGCUACUGUUGGAGAAUACAGAGAAGUGUAUUGGUCCAGCAGAAAUGUUUGAACAUCAUAUGCAGCUGAAGGAUUUACACAAGCAGCAGGUGGAACUGGAACAAAAUCUGAAGGCUAUGUCUGAGAGGCUGCAGAGUGAAGAACAGAGAAACAGCAGAAUACAGGUGGAAGUGGCGAAUAUAUCAGAGAAGAGGACUCUGCUCCAUAUGCUUGAGAACUUGAAACAGAAACGUGCUUGGUUGGCAUUUGAUGUCAAGAGGUCUAAACUUGAAGAGAUGAAGGCUGAUAAAAACAAUGCUGUGAAGGAUUUAGCAAUGUGUGAGAAGAGAUAUGAACCCAUGGAAGGAAUCCUUUUGGCUACAAAAGCCAAGGUGAAGGAGCUCGAGUGCAGUCUUGGAACUGUGAAUGCAGAUACCAGCAGGAAACUAACUGCACUGAAGGAAAUGCAGGAGUCCAUUGAACAAACAGAGGAUCUGAUUAAAGAUAACAUACGAGAGUGCGAGCGGAGGAUCCAGGCCGAGGAAACACGUCGGAACGAAGUACACUCACUGUUUCAGCAGAUCAACAAUUUGCAGAAUAUCUUGAAGGGAUCCAACAAGGAGUCAGUAAAUGUCCUUAAUGCUGAGCUGGAUUCUGUGCGAAAACAAUUGAAUGAGAAAGCAGAUGAGAUAAACGGGUUGAGCCAUGAGAGAGAGAAGCACCGGGAUGGUCUUGAGAAUAUUGUACAUGAGAUCAAGAUACACGAAAAGGAUCAGGAAAAGAUUCUGGAUGUGGCAAAUCAACGUUUGGAGUUGUUACGUCUGAAACAGAAAGACACAUAUGAUGCUGUGUUGUGGCUUCGUGAGAACAGGAACCAAUUCCAUCACCACAUUUAUGAGCCCAUGAUGUUAGAGAUCAACAUCGCCAAUCCAUCUAAUGCCAAGUAUGUGGAGAAUGUGAUAUCAAAACGAGACUUACUGGCUUUUACUUGUGAAGACAAAAAAGACAUGAACAAUUUCGUGAAUAUCCUUCGGGACCAAAAAAAUUUGAAGGUUAAUGUUCUGCAUUCAGGAAGUGAACACCCAUCAUCUUCCACAUUUAAGCCAAAUGUUGCAAUAGAUAACCUUAGGCAGUUUGGAUUCCACACUUACUUGAUGGACAUGAUCAGUGCCCCUGAAGCAAUCAUGAAAUACCUCUGCAGAAUGUAUCAGAUCCAAAAUAUUCCUGUUGGGGAUGCCAGAACAUUCACUCUCUUUGACAAGGUGCCAGCUUCAGUGCAAUGUUUUUUCUCUGAAAAUCAUUUCAUUGUUGUGAGAAUGUCUAAGUACUCUGGAGAAAAAUCGACACAAACCUGUGAUGUGCCUGCACCUGUCUAUCUCGCCAUUUCAAAGAACGUAGAGCUUUUGCAGAAAAUACAGGCCAGGUUGAGUAGUCUGAAUACAGAUAAGCAGGAAAAAAUGAAGGCAUUGGAACAUGUACAGAGACAGAUUUAUUCCGCUGAACAGAAGAUGGAAGAACUGCGCUCCAAGAAGCACAGUCUGAUGGAGCGCCUGGAGCAGCUGCGAACUGUGCAAGCAAGACUUGGUGCGAAACAGAAGCAGCUGCAGAACCUGGAACAAGACAAGGUGGACCCUGUGUUAGAGAGAGCUAGGUGCAGGAAGGACACUCAGAGGUUGGUUUUUAAAUUGACUGAGCAGAAUAUGCAGCUGGUUGAGAUUCUGAAACAGUAUGAAGAGUCUCUCAUUAAGAAUCAAAUUUUGCGUCUAGAGUUGGAGAAUACAAGAGAACAAAGUAUUAAGAAAGAAAAUGAAUCACGUCAGCUACGCCAGAAGUGCAGUGAUGCCAAGGCCAUGGUUCUAAAUAUAGAGGAGAAAUUGCGUGAAACCAGAACUGAGGUAAAGAGGCUGUUUCAAGAAGCUAAAGCUACAACAGGGGGUGUUGGUCCUCUUGAUGCAGCAUUUGAGCAGUUCAGUAGAGUGUUCCAUGUACUUGGUGAUACUGAAGAAGAACUAGAUAGAGAGAUUCAAGACACCCAAGCUAAGGCUGACUGUCUUGGGGAAGCAGAUGAAACAGUGAUGCGAGAAUACAAAAUACGAAAAGCUGACAUUGCUUCACUGACUGCUUCCAUUCAGGCAAAGGAAAUUGAGUGUGAAAAACUGAAAGAGAAAAUGGCAGAAACUGAAGGAAUGUGGCUUCCACCUCUGAAGAAACUUGUGUCACAGAUUAACAAGAAAUAUGGGGAAUGUUUUGCUCGCCUUGGAUGUGUUGGUGAAGUGGCUUUACUUACAGGACAGAAUGAGAAUGACUAUGAACAGUAUGGCCUUCGCAUUAAAGUUAAGUUCAGAGAUCAGGACCUGCUUCAGGAAUUGACUCAGAAUCUCCAGAGUGGGGGCGAACGGUCUGUUGCCACAGCGAUAUACAUGAUAUCGUUACAAGAACUUACACGUGUGCCUUUCUGUUGUGUGGAUGAGAUAAACCAGGGUAUGGAUGCUGAUAAUGAACGGAUGAUAUUUGAACUGCUGUUGACUACAUCGAGACGGAAUGACAGUGCUCAGUACUUCCUACUGACUCCAAAGCUCCUGCCCUCACUGUUUUAUGAUGACAUUAUGAAAGUUCACUGUAUUUACAAUGGUCCCGGUGCUCUGUGCAGUGAUAAUUGGAAUCUGAGUGACAUUAUUGCAAGGAGAAAAAGGCUUAAGCAGCAGUAGCUGUAAUGCUUCUUGCUGUUCAAGCUGGAAGUUUUGCAUCUCCAGCCUUCACUCUUAUAUAAGACCACAUGAAGGAUAUUGCUGCUGUUGAUGCUGUUCAAGCUCUUGAAUCUUUUACAAUGGAGGAUGAGCGAGAGACUCAACCUGGCUGCAUUUUGGAAUCAGUCUACCGCAUUUCACUUGUUUGCUCACCAUGUCCAGUCCACUGUGAAAGAGCCUUCUUGAAAUAAAGUGUGAAGUCAUAAUCCAA